UGUGUGUGUGUGUGUUUGUGUGUGAGGGGGAGGGCUGUAUUGCAGCAGCGUACUGAAGCUGCAGGUAGAGUAAAGACGACUCUCAGGUGUCUGGACUGUAAACCUAAAAUUUAUCCCUGAAAACUUCAGGGUGUUUCGUGCUGGUUUCAUGGCUUUUUUUACCAAUGUCACCAUCCUGCUGGUCCUAGCGUGUAUUUCCCAUCAGCUGGUGUUGAGCAGCUGCCAGAAGAGCCAUGGGCGAAAGGGGAGAGGCGUGGACAGAGGACAACACAAGGACAGGCCAGGGCUGAAAGUGGGCCGCCAACCCAAAUCUGUCUCUUCGCAGCCCAUUAAAGGCAAAAUGGUCUCCAAAGACAAGUCAGAGUGCACCUGGGCAGCAACAGGUGAGGGUCUCUUCAUCCUUGGUAUCACCUGCAAGAAGAUGGACAGGAGCUACAGCUGUGAAUAUGUCGCCAGACUGGAUCUUUGUCCCCAGUAUGCCUCCAAUGUCCGGCUUUACUGGAAGCAAAUCGCCAGGGCACUGAGGAAGCAAAAGAGUUUGUGCCAGGACAGUCGUGCGUUGAUCAAGGCGGGAGUGUGCAGGAGAGCUGCCAGAGAUGCUCAUUUCAGACUCCGUAAUGCACAGAGGAAGACUGAUCCACCUUCCACUCCACCACCAUCUCCCCGAGCUGUCAAAUCCUGUCAACCUAAUAACAGGAAAUUGGCUGAGGAGCACUGCCACGACUCCUGGUCGAGUUUCUGCACAUUCUUUUUCACGAUGCUGCAGGAUUAUGAUUGCUGAUCCAGAAACAGUGGAGACUAAAAUCAAUUCAGCUCUCUUUGCUGUCACAUUAACACUUGUCUCAUUAGAUAUUCUUCAUAGAUGCCACUAAAGAAGUAUUUCUCCACGUUGUUAACAGCCAUUCUACCUUCAAUAAACACUUUUUCUAUCUAUUCUUUAA